AUGACCGUGGAGCAGGAACAACAUCACAUUCUUUCAAAAUCACUUACAGCACUUACUGCCAACAAUGCGUUGCUCGCCGCCGCAGUUGCGCUUGGCUAUGACGUCAGACGUAUGUCAAGUUCCCUAGUAAGCAUGUACAAGGCGACUGUGCUUUUGUGUUUUACGUUCAGCGUUUAUUUACACGUUAGAGGCGGCACUGCAGACGAACUUAAAAAGAACCAAAAUGGAUGUUCAGGGAAUGUUGUAUACGAUUGGUUUAUGGGACGGGAGUUAAAUCCAAGAUGGCGGUCACUCGACAUCAAAUACGUGCUUUUUAGAAGCGGUAUAAUCGGUUGGAUAAUCUUGAAUCUAUGUUCUCUAGUGGAAAGCUGGGCGACAUUUGAACGUUUUAAUUCGACAUUACUGUUACUCAACAUGAUACAAUUAACAUAUGUUGCGGACUAUUUUUGGUUUGAGAGCGGAGUGAUCGUGUCACGUGAUAUUGUUCAUGAAGGUCUUGGAUAUAAUAUUUUGAUACAGUUCGUGAUGAUUCCUUUUUGUUUCUGUGUGCAGACACGAUAUAUAUUGACAAAUGAUACCAGGUUACCAAAUACAGCUUUAUGCUGUAUUGCAAUAAUUUAUACUACCGGUUACUACAUAUACAGACGAAGUAAUUCCGAGAAAAAUGACUUCAGGAAAAAUCCUAACGAUCCAAAAUUGCGGU